CAUGCAUGCAAGAUCUGAUUCCUUUCGCCACUUUCAGCUUUUAUUAUUGUGAGACAGUCAGUGUUGAGUUGUUGAGUUCGACUAGUUCUUUCUUUGUAGUGGCUACUAGUGCACUCACGCCUCACCUGUUCACUUCUGCUAGGCCCCGAACAGCUGCUGUUCUUCAAGAGUGGUGCUGUUCCUUGAAGGAAUAGCCAAAUGGAAGGAUUUGGCGGCGGACCCCGCGUUCAAGGCGUCGGGCGAGGCCGGGGCAGGAUAUCUGCCAAUGGACCGACUCCUCGACCUGGAAGCAAUGCUCCUGGCGACGGAUUUGGCAACUCCGAUGGAGGUACCACCAUGGAAAUUGCCUCCAAGGAUGUUCGAUUUGUUGUAGGCCGCGGCGGAUCCAAGAUACGAGAGCUGGAGGAAACCAGCGGUGCAAGAAUCCAGCUUGAUCGGAAUACUCAAGGCCCGAUGGCGUCGAUCAUGCUGCGAGGUAGUCCCGUGCAGAUUGACACUGCCAAGCGCAUGAUCAAUGAAGUCAUCGCAGGAUCCAGCGCCGGAGGCAACGCUGGUGGGGGGUUUGGUGGCGGCUUCGGUGGUGGCCCAAGUGGCGGCUUCGGUGGUGGCUCAGGUGGUGGAUUUGGUGGCAGUUCUGCUGGUGGAUUUGGUGGUGGCGCGAGCGCUGGCUUUGGAGGUGGUUCAAGUGGUGGAUUUGGAGGUGGUGACAAUGGAGGAGAGCAAGGCAGUACCACUUUCCGCAUUCCCAAUGUUUCACUAGGCCUGAUCAUUGGACGGCAAGGUGCAACCAUCCGCUCGUUGAGAGACCAGUUCUGCUCCGACAUUCAGAUUGACAGGAGCACGGAUGACGGCACGUCUACAUCGGUCACAGUCACCGGUGCUGCUUCUAAUGUCGAGCAGGCCGAGGCCAAGAUCAAGGAUAUGCUAGCCAAUGAUCGCCGUGCCGCCGGCGGCAACACUGGUGGUGGUGGUGGUGGUGGCUUCGGCGGUGGCACCGGUAGCAUCGGUAGUGGUUUCGGUGGUGGUUUUGGAAACACAUCCGAUUCGGUUGGCAGUGGAUUUGGUGCUGGUGCUGGUGCUGGUGGCGGCGGUGGAUUCGGCGGCGGUGCAUCCACGCAUGCUGAGCCGUCCAGCGGAGAGACAGAGACUGUGGAUGUGGCUAGCAGCAGCAUUCGUCUUGUCAUCGGUCGUGGUGGUUCCAAGAUUCGUGAAAUUGAGGACUCCUCCGGUGCUCGUGUCAAGGUGAACCGCGACGGCUCCAACGGCACCACGACUCCAAUCAUAAUCAGCGGAAGCAGUACCGCUCGCAGCAAGGCGAUUGAAAUGAUCGAUGCCGCAGUGGCAGGUGGCAGUGGCGGCGGCGGCCCGCCCGGGUUUCCAUCCAGUGGUGGCGCUGGCGGCGGCGGUGGCGGCGGAUUCGACGGCAGUAACUUCGGCUCCACCAUCUCCUCCGGGGCUCGCGGCGAUCGCUGGGGCGCGGCCAGUACUGGCGAGGCGUCCAGCCACGCCGUCCCCACCAACACCAGUGGUGGCGUUGGUGGAUUUGGCAAUAGUAGUAGGCAAGGGUUCAUCAGCAGUAAUCCGGACAGCAUCCUAGCGGUCACUGCCACCAACAGCAGCAGCAGCAGCACCAACGGUAGCAUUGACUUCAACCCCGCGCCACCCGCCUCCACGGUCGGCAGUCAGAAGGCACGUAAUCCUGAUUUCAACUGGGCAGCUGCCAUAGCUCGCAGUGAUGAGAUGACAAAGCAGAAAUGGGCGGCUCUACCGCCCUGUGCCAAGGACUUCUACAUUGAACACGAGGACGUUGUGAAGUUCAGCCCGGAACAAGUCGCCGAGAUCAGAUCCCGUAACAAUGGAGUCGUUAUCGAGAACCAUGGUCCGGCUGAUAGGAUCAUUCCCAAUCCUCUAACCAAGUUUGAGCAUGCGUUCGAAGAAUAUCCUGAAAUUCUCGAUGAGAUGACAAGGAAUAAGUUCACAGAACCCACCCCAAUCCAGAAACAAGCUUGGCCCGUUCUGAUGAGCGGUUUCGACAUGAUCGGUAUUGCCCAGACUGGAACUGGCAAGACAUUGGCCUUCCUUCUACCUGGCAUGAUCCACCUUGAUCGACAGCCUUGUUCUCGUCGUGACCGCAAAGGACCGUCCAUGCUGGUGCUAUCACCAACUCGUGAGCUGGCACUUCAGAUUGAGGCUGAAGUCAAGAAAUACGACUACCACCACAUCAGAUGCUGUUGCAUCUAUGGUGGUGCUGAUCGCCGUGCACAGGUGGAAACCGUCAAAGCUGGCGUGGAGAUUGUCGUGGCAACGCCGGGACGUCUGUGCGACUUGCAGAUGAACAAUCUCCUGUCGCUGGAAAGUGUCACCUACCUGGUCUUGGACGAAGCUGACCGCAUGUUGGAUAUGGGCUUUGAGCAUGACAUUCGCAAGAUCAUGUUGGAUAUCCGUCCGGACAGACAGACAGUAAUGACAAGUGCAACUUGGCCCCCGGACGUACGUCGUCUGAGUGACAAGUAUAUGAAGGAACCCAUACUUGUGCAUGUCGGCUCCUUGGAUUUGAGGGCAUGCAAGCUGGUCACUCAGGCCGUGGAGGUUCUAGAUGAACAGACUAAGUAUAAACGGCUUCGGCACUUCUUGGAAACGGAGCUGGGCGAGGAUGGACACGUCCUCAUCUUCUGUGGCCGCAAGAACACUGCUGAUCACGUUGGGUCUGAGCUAGUCAUCGACGGAAUUGACUGCAACGCUCUCCAUGGCGAUCGCGACCAGUAUGACAGAGAGCAGGCUUUGGAAGAUAUCAAGACAGGUCGCGUGCGCGUUCUUGUUGCCACGGACGUUGCAUCCAGAGGUCUGGAUAUUCCCGGAAUCACUCACGUUGUGAAUUACGACUUUCCGCACAACAUGGAAGACUACGUGCAUCGCGUUGGACGCACAGGCAGAGCUGGUCGCACUGGCAUAUCACUGACGUUUAUGACACGCGAGAACUGGCGCCAGGCGAGUGAUCUUAUCGUAAUACUGGAAGAAGCCGGACAGGUGGUACCGGAGGAGGUCGUGGAGAUGGCUCAGCGAUUCGAAGAGUACAAGGCUCGCACCGGUGAUGACGGCAAGAGACCUCGUCGCGGAGGACGCGGUGGUGGAGGAGGACGCGGUGGUGGAGGGGGCCGUGGUGGAGGAGGACGCGGUGGCGGCGGUAAUGGUGGAGGUCGUAGCUAUGGCGAUCGCAAUGGUAGUGGAGGCUAUCGUGGCGGUGGAGGAGGCCGUGGUGGAGGCCGUUUUGAUGAGGGCGGUUUCAGCUUUGCCUGAAACAACGAACAACAUAAUAUGGAAGCAUUGUUUUCAUUCGGUGUUCCGAGUCGUCAAGCCGGGUUGCUCCCGAGAUUCCUAUCGUGAUGACGCUUCUCUGCACCCGACACUGCCAACGAAGAGAAGAUCUGCCCUUCUGUGUUAAAGCAGUGUGUGUGUGUCUGUACAUGUCGUGUCUUGCCGCGUUGAGCCGUGUGUGCCGCAUGCUCUCGUGUGCCUUGUUUUCAACUGAGUUCUCUACCCGUGUACAUACUGCUGCAAUCAAGUACUCUCUUCUGCUGGUCUUGGACUGACCAUGCCGUUUUGCAAGCUGCUGUAAAUAUUGUAUUAUAUAAUAGUGUGUGUUUGCACUUAGGUUGUCACUGAUAGCGGUGACACGGUGCCUGUGUGAUGGCAAUGGUCAUGAUUAUCUACCCCGCCGUGACCUGUGUAGUCCAAUGCAAUGUGUGCUAACUUAUCACGUUGUGUGCGUAUCCAAUGUCUUCGUGCCGUUGCCUGUGUGGCAGUUCCAAGUUGUCAUUGAGUUCUUGACGGCAAACGCCCUUGUUCCCAUCUUGCUUGCCUUUCUUUUGUUUACUGCUCCGCUCCUCCUUCUCAUGACCGACAUAUUAUCUCCUGCUCUCAUUGAUUAUUCCAUCCCCUGUUUUGACUGAAAGCAGACGUUUUCAGUCCGGUGAUUCUCUCGUGUUGAGUUUUUAGCCAAUGGCCCUGUUUCUUGCUCUAGCGCUCACGGGCUCAAUGCAGUUCUUUCUUAGGCGGCCUUUCGCAGCUUUCAAUGGUUUAUUCCUUGCGCUUCAGACCAUGAUUCGUAAUUCAGAGCAGGGUUUGGCCUCCUGUACUGUGCUGCGCUCCA